AUGUAUGGUUUGCAGAUCGAGCAGAGUCAAGCCGCGAGCAAUCAGAGGCGCUUGGGGCGGUCUGCUCUGGCUCAGCCUUGUAUGUCUGUGCUGAGCUUGCACAAAAAGUGAGCUGCGAAUGGCGCUGCUUACCAGUCUCCCAGUUGAAGUCAGUCACCACAUACACUUUAAUUCGGAUUGGAAUGCUGACCUUCACACUCACCGUUCCGCUCCGCUCGGCACCGCACGACCGCAUACACUCGCAUCCCCACAUCCAUCUACGCAGCUCAUUAUCGAGUUCUUGUCGCGAUUGGGAUGGCACACCGCACACUACUCGGAUAGAGAACGCCAAUCGGAUCUGGCUUCGGUCGCUUUGGUCAGUCGCCCCUGCAUGUUCUACUACUCGGUAUCACUCGGACUCGGACAGACUCCCCUGACCACCUCACUCCUGCUCUCGUGCGCAGACUCACCCUGCCUUUCUGCAUGCGGCGCAAUACCUGCUCUACUCUUCACCAUCACUUACGAUUCGCAACUCGGGUCGCUCAGCCUCCCUGGCCUCGACUGUCUCGUCCAAGCCCGAACUGGCCUCGCUCAUCACCUCGCUCGUCGCCUUCUCCGACAAGGAUGUUGGCCAUCCAGCUUCGGUGACAACCAUUCUCAACGCGUGCCUUAACGUAUCCUCACUUUCUCUCGGAGUUGCCAUAUUCAACAAUUCAGCAGCUUCCGACGCUCUAAAACUGGCGGCCCUACAGAAAAACCUCACCAGCUUCACGUGGGUCGGGAUCGAUCUGUGCCCCGUCGCCGAUCUGCUUGCGGCAUGGACCAACCUCCAAGACCUGAGCGUGACGGUCGAAACCUCGAAGGGACUUGAAAUCAUUCUCAUACCGCGUUACCACCUACAAAGAUUAUCCGUAUCGGGUAGACCAACUCACGGAAUGUUGGUGCUCGGUGGGGACUACCUCGUGCACUUGCUCGGGUCAACUAGACCGGGAACGCUCCGGGUGCUUGAACUGCAUCACAUCUGCUUCGAAAGUUCGGAUGACACCACCUCGGCCGUGCUCAACCCAUAUCUCCCCUUCGUACGGUCCUUGACCAUGCGCCACCUAGUCCCAAACCCACUUCUGGAUUGGCUCUGUGUUUGUGAGCCCCACACCUCGCUCCGUCGUCUCGUCUACUCGCCCACGGCUGGCACCACCCUGGAAACAUUUGGAAACCCCCUCCCCAUCCCCAAGUCGUUGCGGUUGAUCCACGUCACGGGGCGAACGACAUACCUCGAGAUGGGACUCAUUCCCACGCUCCAAAGCCUCGGGGUAGAAGACCAUGCUCUGAGGUUGAUCGAAUUAAGAGGCCCCUUCGCGUCCGACCCUCGAUUGGCAGUAUUGAGGACGGUGUGCACGGUCCAAGGGAUCGAGUUGCAGGUCAGGCGGGAAUUUUCCGGCGUAUCUGAUUGA